AUGGCCGCCCCGCACAGCAACGGCCGGGCGAAGAAGACGUCCAAGCCCAAGGCCAAUGGCUACCUCAACGCCUCGCCCAACGUCGGCUCCACGAGCGGCAGUCUCGACGCACGCGCCGAAAAGUCGCAUUCUUCCACCCUCGCCGUGCGCCAGAGGAAACAAUCAAGGACGUUUGCAGGCGCCAUCACAAGCAUCGUGCUGAGGUUGUCGAUAUGGUACUUCAUCAUCACCGCCGCCUUCACGUGUCCGUCCUCUUUGACGCAGCUGGACCACUCCUCGCCCCGUGUCUGCACUCCAUACCUGCAGGCUCGAGCCUACGCAACGCCCUACCUGGAUCCCUACUACCAGACCUAUCUGGCGCCCCACGUCGGGAAGGUCAAGCCCUACGCCGAUGGCUUCGAGCGCCAGGUGUACGCUCCCGCCGUGACGUUUGCCAAAAAGCAGUACGAUACGUACGGUGCACACCGGGUCGACCUCGCACAGAAGCAGGCCAGGGCCAGCUGGGACAAGACCCUGCGCCCACACGUCCAGACUGCCCAGAACGCGGCUCAGACGCAGUACGAUGCCUAUCUCGGACACCAUGUCAAGAGGGCGUUGGAUGCUGCCAGCCCCUACUUCAACCAGGCCAAGGCCAGCUCCAGCACCAUCUACCACAAGUCGGUCCUUCCUGCGUACGAGGCUUCCCUGCCUUAUCUGCGCAAAGCUCGUGUUCAAGGCCACCAUGUCAUCGUCCAUGUCGUCUUCCCUCGCGUCCGCUCUGCACAGGAUGCCACUUGGUCUUUUCUGCUCCGCAACGUCUGGCCCCAGCUUCGCCUUCUCUACGGUGACAAUGUCGAGCCCCAACUCGUCCGCAUCUCGGAGCGUCUGGGCCGCUACCGUGACCAGCAAAAGGUCGAGUCCGUCGUGGACGCCCUCCACUCUGAGACAUCCACUGUUGCGUCCGAGUCUACCAAGAUCGUUUCCACCGUCGCUGCCUCAAGCUCCAGCUCCAUUGCUUCUGUUGCAUCUGCGUCCAUCAGCUCGGCCAGCGAAGCAGCCGCGAGCGUCGUACACAGCAUUCUGGGUGGAGAGUCGGCUAGCGCCAGUACUGUCGAGGCCCAGCCAGCGGCGUCGAUGAAUCCCAAGGAUUCCGGUCUCUCUCCUGAGGAGCUGAAGGAGAAGCUCAAUCAAGAUCUCCGAACGUGGCAGAGCAAGUUCGCUGCUGCUGCUGACAAAGGUGCCGAGGACCUCGAGCAGCGCGUUGCCGAAAUCACCACUCGCCAGGUAGAGAAAGGUGUUAACGGCCACGGCAAAGCCUUGCUUGUCCAGCUGGAGGAGAGCGCCGACUCUACCACCAGCAACCUGAAGAGCUACAUCAAGCGCACCGUCAAGUCUCUUCCCGAGGACGCCUCUGAGGAGCAACUCGAAGCCGCACUCGAGCAGUGUAGCGCCAAGGCCCGCGAGCUCGGACAGACGGUCAAGCAAAAGGCCCAGGAUAUCCGCGAAUGGAAGGCUUCCUACGAUGCGGAGACUGACACCCUCGUACAAGCUGCUGUCAGGAGCACCGUCGAGGUUCUCGAGAAGAUUCACGGACUUGGCCUCCAGGAGGUUGGCAUGCGCUGGGCAUGGACCGAUGGCGUGACCUACAAUGACUGGCAAAACUACCACAAGCUCAAGUCCACUCUUACAGAAUGGCAAGCCGAGGUCGAGGCUGUCGGAGCCAGGCAUGAGGGUCUUCGUGUCGCUCACGAAGAGGCAAAGACACUGGAAGACGAGGCCAUGUCCGUUGCUUCCAAGAACGUCGACGAGCUUGUCCGUCUCAAGGACGUGGCCAAGUGGAAGCUUUGGGGCGAUGACUCCACCGAUGACUUCACAAACAACACUGUCCCUCCCCGCGCACGCAAGGUAGCUCAGCAGAUCAUCAACAGCGUGGAAGAUGCGUCAUCCAAGGUUUCGGAAGCAGUCGUUGGCUCUGAGACCCCCGUCAGCGAGAGUGUCGCCUCUUCGAUUAAGAGCGUGGCCUCUGAUGCUUCUUCCAAGUUGUUUGGUGUGUCUUCCAAGGUCUCAAGCUCUCUCGUUGACUCAAAAACUCCCUUGGCACAGAGCGUGGUCGCACAGGCAUCGUCGGAAGCGUCGGAGAUUGCCAUUGAUGGCGCAUCAAGCGUCAGUAGUGGCGCCAGCGAGGCUGCUAGCAGUGCCUCCAGCGCUGUCUCUGCCGAGUCACCGAAGAAGGUCUGGGGCGGUGUAGCUGCCCAAGUCCUUGUCGAGGCCCGCGAGCCUGUCUUCGACCAUGUCAUUGAGGACGACGAGGGCGAGAACUACUCUGCCAAGCUUCAAAGUAUUGUUGCUGAUGCUGGUGACCGUGCAGCAGAGCUCACAAGGGCUGUCAGCGAAGCGCUUCUCGGUGCAACAAAGACACAAGGAAGCGUCGAAUCUGCUACAUCCCUUGCAAGCGAGCAGUACGCAAAGGCCAUUGCUGCUGCCUCCAAGGCCCUGUAUGGCACACAACAGCAGCCUCUUGAAAGUGCUACCAGCGUAGCUUCUGUGAAGUUUGCUGAUGCCGUUACUGCUGCUUCUUACGCCAUCUACGGCACCCCAAUCCCCACUGCGGUCAUCAAGACUGUACAGGUCGAAGUAAGCUCGCGUUACAGCAAUGCCGUCAGCCUCGCCAGCGAACAGCUCGAGAAUGCCAAGUCUCAGCUGUCAAUCCUUGCAUCCGGAACCCAGCAGCCUGCUUACCAGACUCUGUUGUCUGGCUUCGAGAAGGCCUACUCUGACUCCGUAGCCGCCGCCAGCCAGCAGCUGCAGGCCGCUCUCCAGUACACUGAGUCGGCGAAGAGCUAUGCCGCUGGACCAACCCAAGGAUACUUUGAAUCAGUCUCCUCUAUCGCCUCUUCAAGGUUGUCGGAGGGGCUCAGCCAGGCUUCCGCCCAGCUCUCAUCGCAACCGACAUCGGGUGUCGACAGUGCGCGCCGUCAGUACUACGAAGCUGUGGGUCUCGCUCACGGCCGCUACUCCGAGUUCGUCAACGCCGCCUCCAGCGCCGUCUAUGGUCCUCAGCAAGGUACCGUAGAGUCAUUGGCUUCGGUCGCCUCGGUAUCUGCAGCUUCUGCUGCGUCUGGUAUCUCUGAUACUGCGAACUCCGCUGCUGCGAAUGCUCAAUCUGUAGCAUUGAACGCUCAGGCUGCAGCCGCGUCGCUGGCUUCUCAGGUGAGCUCGGACGUCGUUGGUUCCGAGACACCGUGGACCGAGUCCGUAGCCUCCCAGGCCAGCGAGAACUGGGAAGCUCUGAUUGCCAAGGCCAGCAGCCAGGUCUAUGGUCAGCCUACGCCUUGGGCCGAGUCUGUCUACUCUCAAGCUGGAGCUUACGGUGCACAAGCCACUGCAAGAGCCGCUGAGCAAUACGCCGGUAUCCAAGCUCUCAUCUCUGAGUUGGUCGUUGGUAAAGAGCCUGACUUUACCGAAAGCGUCAUGAACCGUUUCGCUUCAGCGUACUCGACCGGUCUUCCGGCCGUUGUUGCCUCCGCCGAGUCGUACGUUAACGAGCAAUACGGCUCCGCCAGCUCUUACGCUGGCGAGAGCUUCGAUGCUGCGACUGAAUACGCCGCCGAUGCCUACGCCUCUGCCUCUUCUGUCGUCAGCUCAAUCUUCACCCCGCCAGCCGCCGUCGAGACCAUCCUCAGCCAAGCCAGCGCACAGAUGGAUUUGGCGCUUGAGAGUGCCUCCAUCGCUGUCUAUGGAACCCCUAAGGGUGCCGCUGAGCAAGCUAGCGAAUCUGUGGCUAGCGCGUACGCUUCCAUUCAGUCUCAGGUCAGCGAGGCCAUCUACGGCACUCAGCAGGCACAAGACAGCUUCACUGCCGCUGCCGUCAGCGCGCAGGCCGCUAUUAGCGCAGCCAUCUUCGGUGCUCCUACGGCUACUGGCUAUGCUGCCACAGUGACCAGCGGUGCCUCGGACACGUACGGCUCUGUAGUCAGCGGGGCAGGAGAGGCUUACAGCUCUGUCGCAAGCAACGCCGGAGAGGCGUACGACUCUGUCGCUUCAGUCGCUAGCGAGAACGCCGGCUACGCGUACUCGAAGAUCAGCUCCGCCGUGUACGGUCCCGAGCAGGGUGCCAUGGAGAGUGCAAGCAGCAGAAUUGCGCUUGCUGUCGAGGCGGCCAACUCGCGCAUCAGCGAGAUGUAUGCCAGUGCAUCUAUGAAUGCUGGCGAGGCAGCUAGCAGCGUGUCGAGUGUUGCUACGGAUGCGACGCAACGGGUCAAGGAUGAGUUGUAG